AUGACGAGUGAGCGUGAAAGCAAGACAUUUCUUGCGAGGCUGUGUGAGCAAGCCGAGCGCUACGAUGAAAUGGUCACGUACAUGAAGAUUGGCGGUGAACUCACGGUGGAUGAGCGGAACCUCCUUUCAGUUGCAUACAAGAAUGUCGUUGGAACCCGACGUGCUUCCUGGCGCAUAAUCUCGUCAAUCGAGCAGAAAGAGGAGUCGAAGGGCUCAGACAAGCACGUUGGUACCAUCCGCGAUUACCGCCAGAAGAUCGAGACAGAACUCGAGCGUGUAUGUCAAGAUGUGCUUGAUGUGUUGGAUGAAUCCCUCAUCCCCAAGGCCGAGUCAGGCGAAUCAAAGGUGUUCUACCACAAGAUGAAGGGAGACUACCAUCGUUACCUUGCCGAGUUUGCGUCAGGUGAAAAGCGUAAGGUUGCUGCUACUGCUGCCCAUGAGGCGUACAAGAACGCUACAGACGUUGCCCAGACCGAGCUCACUCCCACGCAUCCUAUUCGCCUUGGUCUUGCUUUGAACUUCUCGGUCUUCUAUUACGAGAUCCUGAAUUCACCCGAUCGCGCUUGCCACCUUGCCAAGCAGGCAUUCGACGACGCAAUCGCGGAGCUCGACUCCCUCUCUGAGGAAUCCUACCGCGACAGCACUCUCAUCAUGCAGCUGCUCCGCGACAACCUUACCCUCUGGACUUCGUCAGAUGGCGGUGACGCUGAGGCUGCCCCAAGUGGUGAGGCAUCGAAGGAGGGUGAAAAGGCAGCCGAGCCCAAGGCUGAGACCUCUGCAGCUAGCGAGGCUCCCGCCGAGGCUGCGCGUCCUUCUGAAACAUAG